CAAGAUAGAUUUGGGGUUGAACGACAGCACCACCAACAGCGAUAACAGUAACACUAUGUGUGUGUCACAAACAAAAGAAGAUCUAACUUCCGCAGUAAUAUUUUUUUUAUAUAUCUGGUGCCCGUUUAAGGGGUUCGGGAAAUAACACUGAAAAUUUUAAUGGGUUAUUUAUUUAUUUAUUUAUUUGGCUUGCGCGGUAAUUAUCAAACGUCAUCAGUUCAUCUAUCUUUGCUGCUGUCGUCAUCACCCAAGUCACUAUUACCGUCGCCGUCGUCGUCGUCGUCGUCGUCGUCAGUAGAAGUAAUUCCUAUAACAAACAGUAACAACUACAACAACAACAAUAGUAACAACAACAAUGUUAGUGACAAGAGAAUAUUCCAAAAGUGACAAAUCAAAGCAACAAUAGCCAACAACUUAAAACAACAGCAAAACAGCAGCCGCAGCAGCAAGUAAAUUAAAAGUAACUGCAGUUGCAAAAACACUACAAGUACAGCAACGACAACAACAACAACAACAACAAACAGCUACUACUACUACUACUACUACUACUGCUGCUGCUGCUGCUGCAGAGGUGAUAACUACGACAACAAUAAGGUAAAGAAAACGGUAAUAACAAUAUUAGCGGCAUCCAAAUAACAACACCAGCAGCAGCGGUAGCAGCAACAGUAGCAGUAGCAGUAGUAGCGGCAACAGCAGCUACAAUAAUAGCAAUAACGACCACAAUAACGUAUAACAACUGCAGCCAAUAAUAGAGCAUAACAAAAACGAAAACGGCAUUGAGAACAAGAAGAAAAACAUAUAACGCAGCACAAGAGAACCAGCAGCAGCAGCGGGGAACAACAAUAAGAAAAAGACAACAACAGCAGGAAUAUAACAAUUACAACAAGCGAAACAAUAAUAACACGCAAGGGAAGCGGUAGCGGCUUUUUCUCUGAAGCCAUGAAGAUAGUUAAGCGAGAAUCACAGCAAAGAUCUAGCGAUUGCCCGUCGCCGUGGUGUCAACGUUUGCUAGACACUUGCUGAGAUGUUGGUUGCGUGUUCGAGUUGAAUGGCUGUGAACAGGGGGAGAAAGAAGAAGAAGAAAAAGAAGAAGAAGAAACGUAACGGUGAGCUCGGCGCUAAAUUUCGAGUGACUUCUGUCUCCUCUCAGAUUUAGUCACAAAUUACACACACACACACACACACACACACAAACACACACACACACACACACACACACAUAUAUAUAUUAUACUAUAUACAUAUAUAUAUAUAUUAUACUAUAUAUAUAUAUAUAUAUAUAUAUAUAUAUAUAUAAAAUAUCAUACAUGGCUGGAGAGAAAGUACAAUGUCACAGAACAUGAACAACCAACUAUUGCUUACAGUAUUGUCGUUUGUGGCAGGUGGGCUGUGUGUGUAUGAAUACGCUCCAGGCGAAGAGAAAUCUUUUUGUGCUAACAUUGACUAUUACAAUCAAGGUUUUGAACGAGUGGAAAAAGCAAGUACAUCAAUGGCCAUAACACGGGCCAUCCGUUUAUCAGCGCCAUACCCAGUUGUUGCUCUCUUGAUGAUUGUUAUAGCGGCCAUUAUCAGCGUUAUUGGCAACAUUAGAACAGAUGUAAAAACUUUGAUCGGAGCUGUUAUAUAUGUUUUCUCCGGUCUGGCUCUAUCUGUUGGAAUUAUAUUAUAUAUAUCUGCAGUGAAUGAUGAAGUUGGCCACCGAGCCAAGUUGGCUGGCGUUGAAGAACCAAAAUUCUCCUAUUUCUAUGGUUGGUCAUUUUUCUUUGCCGGCGUCUCUUUCAUUACGUCGGAAAUGGCGGCGGUGUUUGGAAUCUCACUGUAUCUUCUUCGCAACGCGCAUGUGGACGAUAUGGUACGAAUAGUUCCAGGUCUCGAGGAUAAAGUCGACUCCGAUUAUAUGCAAGAUAAUGAAGUUGGAAUUCAAUCCGCUACCAUCGUCUUAUGAGCUCUGUAAAGAUGAUAGUAAUAAGCGUAAACCUACAUACAUACACAUAUAUAUUUAUAUUGUAUAAAAUACAUAUGCAU